CACGCCGACGCUCCCGGUGUUUUGCGGUGCUCUGGGUGGCCUCACUCUUUGCAUCAGCAAGCGAGCGAGGCAAUGGCAGCCCAGAAGAUAAACGAGGGCCUGGAGCAUCUGGCCAAGGCAGAGAAGUACCUGAAGACUGGUUUUUUAAAAUGGAAGCCGGACUAUGACAGUGCUGCUUCUGAAUAUGGAAAAGCAGCUGUUGCUUUUAAAAAUGCCAAACAAUUUGAGCAAGCAAAAGAUGCCUGCCUACGGGAAGCUGUUGCCCAUGAAAAUAACAGGGCUCUUUUUCAUGCUGCCAAAGCUUAUGAGCAAGCUGGCAUGAUGCUAAAGGAGAUGCAGAAACUGCCUGAAGCUGUCCAGUUGAUUGAGAAAGCCAGCAUGAUGUAUCUGGAGAACGGCACCCCUGAUACAGCAGCCAUGGCCUUGGAGCGAGCUGGAAAGCUCAUAGAAAAUGUAGAUCCAGAGAAGGCUGUGCAGUUGUAUCAGCAGACAGCGAAUGUGUUUGAAAAUGAGGAACGCCUCCGGCAGGCAGUUGAACUACUAGGAAAGGCCUCCAGACUGCUAGUACGAGGACGAAGGUUUGAUGAGGCUGCACUGUCUAUUCAGAAAGAAAAAAAUAUUUAUAAAGAAAUUGAGAACUAUCCAACUUGUUAUAAGAAAACAAUUGCUCAGGUCUUAGUUCAUCUACAUAGAAAUGAUUAUGUGGCUGCAGAGAGGUGUGUCAGGGAGAGCUACAGCAUACCAGGGUUUAAUGGCAGUGAAGACUGUGCUGCGCUUGAGCAGCUCCUAGAGGGCUAUGACCAGCAAGACCAAGAUCAGGUGUCAGAGGUCUGCAACUCACCGCUCUUCAAGUACAUGGACAAUGACUAUGCUAAGCUGGGCCUAAGCUUGGUAGUUCCAGGAGGGGGAAUCAAGAAGAAAUCACCAGCAACGCCCCAGGCCAAGCCUGAUGGUGCUGCCAGCACAGCUGCCGAGGAGGAGGAAGAUGAGUACUCGGGAGGCCUGUGCUAGUACUGCCUACAGAAACAAGCAGACGGGAAAUCCUGACAAGCCAUUUUCAUGGAUUGAGGACUCAGCUGUGGGUGUCUCUGCUUCACCCAGAUUCUGGUGUUGGGUGUUAAUAUAUAUGAAGUUUUAGUUUACUGUCUCCCCAAGUCAGCCAUUGUGUCUACUGCCUGGGAAGCAUUUUUCCUUUCUGUUGUAAGCAGAAAGUACACUGUCAUAUUUUAAUAAUUGAUCUUAAAAUGUAUAGGCCAAAUUCCAGACAAAUUGUAUCAUAAGCAAAGCAGGAAAUAGGCAUACUUACUCUUUUCUCUUGGGUUCUUGUAAUUUAUUUUUAGAUAAUUUUCAUUGCAUUUUAUUUAGUGUCACUUCUAAAAUGAUUUAUUUUUUUUUUUUUUUUUUUUUUUUUUUUUAGAAAUAAUAAUUUCAAAACUGGUCUGGUUCUUUCCACCAUUUUCCUAUGUUGUCACAUGGUGCCCAUGUAUGUUCUGCCUAAGGUAUCAAGAGAGCAUCAACAAUGCCUUGAGAUGAGGCAUCAGCAGGUCUUCAGCAGGUGUACUCCAGUGUCUGACUGUGGGAUGAUGUAUGGUCACCCUUUAAAGUGGUGAUGUGAUUCCUGAUGGUCACAGAGCGGGGAACAUGGUUGUCACCCUCACAGGCUGUGUAAACGAGCGUCAAGUAUCAGCUCCAGAUUUGAUGUGCUACUUAAAGACCUAGAAAUGGCACAAUCCUCCUUUCCAGUCUUGUCAGAUUGGUUGCAUUGUACCAGUAGCCUCAGCUGGCAUCAUGGAUCGUGAAAAAGCAGGACAAAAGCACAGGAGGGAAAAUUCUGGGCUUCUUUUUCUAGGGAUAUAAAACAUGAAUAAAUAAAAUGCUUCAGUGGAGGGAGGGCAUGUCUCACUUUGAAGAGGACAUUUCUCCACCAUCAUAUUAGUUACACUCAAAUUAUUGAGUCUUUUCAGAGACAAGGUUGGGCCAAAAGCUUUAUAAUAUUUAGCUCAGUAGUUCUUACAUGUGACUACAAAAUGUGGAAGGUAACAUUAAAGUGAUGCUGUAACUGUCUUCAGCCCUCCCUGACAUAUUGGCUUUUUUUUUUUUUUUUUUUUUUAACAACAAAAAAUUUGAUUGUGUUCAAGCCUAUUUGGCUCUUGACCAAAAUGGGACUAAUUAGAACCAUGUACAAGUCCAGAAUGACAGGUAAUGUUCCUGCCAAUCUAGUAUGCAUGCAUUUCUUACCACCAAAGUAAUUUUGAUUUGGACUUCAUAACUUAACAUGAGUUGUGCUGUAUAUUACAAAAAAGUAAAAAGUGAGCCGGAAUGAACAAAAAUGGCUUUGCAUGACAUACAUUUAGGACUGGGUUGCCAGUCUUUCCACACCUCAUAGACCUGCCUUGGUUAUUUCCUAAAAGGUAGUGUUGAAGCAUUGCUCUUUUCCUGUAUUGCUUAGACCCGUCUCAUAAUUUGGGAGCAGUAGUGUGGGUAGGCAAUGCUGCUGGCCGGAAUAUUCUUGUCACCAUGCCUCACUGCUGACUCUUUGUACUUUAACUUAUAUGUAUAAAGUAUGCCUAGUUUUUCUGGAUUUCCAGAAUCUAGGAAAAGCAUCAAUAUGGUACUCGUUCCAGAGUUGUAGGAGGGCACAACUCUGCCAGGUGUGCCUGAGUGGGUGGAUGACCCUGCACAGUCCCUGUGAGGUUGCAAGUCUGAUGUGCAAGUUUUAGGCUUUCCCCUGAGUUACCUGCAUAGUUCUUCAUGUCACCAGCUCCUCUUCUUUAACUGCAUUGAAAUUAUGAAUAAAGUUGCAUUUAGAAUUUUUAUUUAAAAAGUAAUUUGGUAUUUUAAAGAUGGUAUCAAUGUUGCAUUUACCUUUAGAUUCAACCAGAAACAUUGGUGCUUAUUUGAGAGUUUAUUUAGCAGAUUUGACAGUACUCAAACAUUACUAGACUGUUUUUAUGGCCCAGGUUAUUGAAUAAAGCCUUGAGGGGGAUCAGUUUUACUUAGAAACACCAUAAACAAAACAACAACGAGUAGUGCGUUGUGGAGCAGUGCUGCGCUUGGUUUUAAACAGCAGAGGUGUUUAGGCAUUGGCACACCCACCCCGCCUACAUGAGGACCCAGCAUGCAGGUUUUAGAGCUCACUUUUACGUCAGGGUUAUUCUGUGUGGUAUCUCAGAAGGAGCAUUUGUUCCAUGAGUACAUAUUUUAUUUUUCUACUUGCAUUAAGUCUUCGUUCCUGUGAGCUUAGUCAGAAGUGGAAAACUUAGUGUUUACAACAAGCAGAAUUGUUUCCCAGAACGCUGGCACCCUCCCCACAAAAGUGAAAGUGCAUGAUCUACUCUGAGUCAUCUAGUGUUUAGUGCUGUUAUAUAGUAAGUGAAGUCAGUCAACAGAACACAUCUAAUAUAUUGAAUUUGUAAAUAUGCAGAAUGCGGUAUUUGUGUAUGGAAUCUGUGCAUUAUAUUUUUCCAGCUUUUUGGUGAGUAAAAUAUUAAUAUGUUGUUAAUGGAAAUUAGAUGAUUAUAUCUGAAGGAAGACAAUUAUGAAAAUAAAACCCUAGAUUAUCUGAA